AUGGUUGAAAGUGAACCUAAUAUUUUAAUGCAGGAUUGGGAGGAUGACUAUUUAGUUGAAACUGCAAUUGAAUCACCAAGAGUUUGGACCACGUUAUAUGACAAAAUUGAAAUACAAGAACUAAAAUCUGAUAGAUUUGAUGAAGUCCUUAAAAUGAUCGAGGAACAUUACAUUUAUGAUGAACCGUUAAUUCAAAGUAGUCAAAUGCAUACGGACAAUGGAUCUGUUGAAGAAUACUUGUACUUGGUUCGUACUUGGAUGAAAGACACACUUUCAACCGUGGCUGUGGAGCAGGACACUGGAAAUUUAGUCGGAUUUCUAGUAUGUCGGUUCAACGAAAUACAUAACAGAGAUCCUGAAUUCAGUAAAGACAGGGUAUAUGAAGGUACGAUAUGGAAAGAGCUGCAAAAGUUCAAACAUUAUUUAACUAAAAGGGGCAAUGCAUAUAAACACAAUAACGUGGACAGAAUGUUAGAAGUGUAUUUGUGGUUUGUACUUCCCCAAUAUAGAAAUAAAGGAAUCGGCACGGAGUUGCUGAGAAACGUCAUGGAGAGACAACUACCCGAGUACGGAUGGUUCAACAUCCAAGUGAUCUCCGGCGUGUUCACCGACAAAGUGAGCCAACACAUUGCCGAGUCGUUGGGAAUGGUGACAUUGUACGAAUUCGUUUACUCGGCAUGGACCACCGCCAACAAGGCGACUGACGAACAAAUAGAGUUCUUUAAGGAAAUUGUGAGGGAAAAUUACUUGGCCAAAGUGAUGUCAGUGAAAAUCGGCGAGUCGUCGUCGGUUCACAGCGGUCGUCAGUCGAACGUGAUCGAAGAACAAGAUAUUAUUAUGUAG